AUGGCUUCCCAUCUUAUCCACAGCGGCAAUACGGCCAGUUCCGGCGAGAAUAACGACCAGCUAUACUCUUCAACCACUACUGUUGAUGCGCCGGGGGUUUCGUUGGUUGAUAUCCCCAAGACAAACAACUUCACCUCUAAGCUUCCUCCUGAUGCUGCGUUUGAUACCCCCCUGGCUUCACACCAGGCACCCCGCGAGCAUCUAGGCCCCCGGCUGGUUAAAAAUGCGUUGUAUACCUUUGUCAGACCUGAAACUGCCCGAGAGCCAGAGUUGUUGGGCGUGAGUCCUCGGGCAAUGAUGGAUAUCGGCUUGAAAGAGGGCGAGGAGAAAACGGAGGAGUUCCGAGAUAUGGUUGCAGGAAAUAAGAUCUUUUGGAAUGAGAAGGAUGGAGGCAUUUAUCCCUGGGCUCAAUGUUAUGGAGUGAACCCUACGACAAACAGGCGCUACGAAGUUCAAUUAAAGGGUGCUGGCCUAACUCCGUAUUCUCGCUUUGCUGAUGGCAAGGCCGUCCUUCGCUCCAGCAUUCGAGAGUUUAUUGUUUCCGAGGGUUGGUAUUUGUCCAUUAAUAUCUACACUGAUGUCAAGGCUUACCGUUUGAUAGCACUAAACGCGCUGGGAAUCCCAACCACCCGAGCAUUGUCUCUGACACUUCUCCCCAAUUCUAGUGUCAGAAGAGAACGGUUAGAACCUGGUGCGAUCGUUACUCGUUUUGCAGAGUCAUGGAUCAGAAUAGGCACCUUCGAUAUACUACGUGCUCGAAGCGAUUUGAAGCUUACACGUCAACUGGCAACGUACGUUGCAGAAGAUGUAUUCCCGGGUUGGGAGUCACUGCCGGCUGCUCUGCCGCCGGGAUCACCUGUUGAUGGUAAUCUGGUAGACAAUCCCCCCCGAGGAGUUCCCAAAGAUGCCAUUCAAGGUGAAAAGGGCGCGGAAGAGAACCGCUUUACCAGAUUGUAUAGAGAGAUAGUGCGCCGUAACGCGAAGACGGUAGCGGCAUGGCAGGCAUACGGCUUUAUGAAUGGGGUGCUUAAUACCGACAACACGUCCAUUUUUGGGUUGUCACUGGAUUUCGGCCCCUUUGCGUUUAUGGACAACUUUGAUCCAAGCUACACCCCUAACCACGAUGAUGAGAUGCUACGGUACUCAUAUAAGAACCAGCCAUCAGUGAUAUGGUGGAAUCUCGUGCGUCUCGGGGAGGCAUUCUCCCAACUGAUAGGGAUCGGCGACAAGAUCGAUGAUGAAGUUUUCAUUUCCAAGGGUUUGACGGAAGAGCAGGCACCGGAUGUCAUCGCUCGUGCUGAAAAACUUAUAGAUCAAGUCGGAGACGAAUUCAAAACCGUAUUUCUAAACGAAUACAAGCGCUUGAUGUCUGCGCGUUUAGGACUGAAGACGCAGAAAGAAUCCGACUUUGGCGAGCUCUUUUCAAACCUUCUAGAUACGCUCGAGAAGUUUGAGCUAGACUUUAACCAUUUCUUUAGAAGACUAUCUGCAUUGACGGUGACUGAAAUUGAUACCGAAGAGAAGAGAAAGAAGGUUGCCGGCAUAUUCUUCCACGACGAAGGGGUUGGAGGGAUUGGAAACACCGACGCAUCCGCUAGAGAGAAUAUUGCUACCUGGCUUUCGUCAUGGAGAGAGCGCAUCGUGGAAGAUUGGAAGGAAAGGGAAGACGAAGAGAGGAUAAGUUCCAUGAAGGGAGUAAACCCAAAGUUUAUUCCUCGAUCCUGGAUCCUGGAGGAAGUGAUACAGCGUGUUGAGAGACAUGGUGACCGAGAGAUUCUCGGACGAACCAUGAACAUGGCUCUCCACCCGUUCCGAGAGGAAUGGGGCAUGAACAAGGAGGAGGAAGAGAGGUUCUGCGGAGACGUUCCUCGAUUUAAGAGGAUGGCGAUGUGUAGCUGUAGCUCGUAG